AUGCACGGUAGAUCUAAACCACUGGUCAUUAUAAACACGAAUGACGGUGUAACUACAAAAAAAAUUGGGCGGUUAGUAAGAUAUCUAAAUUUGGUCAAAGAUUUUUUUAUUGGUUCACUUGACCUAUCACAGUCAAAAAAGGAGACGAUCUUAUUCGAAUUCGUUGAUAAUCAAGUUUCCGUUGGGUUUUCAGAUCAUCACUAUAAAACCAUCAUACAUAAAAUUAGGGAUGCUAAUGGUCAUGGUCACGCUUUUGAAACUGAGAAAAUUUGUUAG